AUGUUUUUGGAAAUUUUUGUGGACCCGUUUGUCUGCUUCUGUGUUGCAUGCGUCGCCGCGCCGCUUAUUGUGGCGCGUGAACGUCUCACGUACGCGUAUGUCGUUGGGUAUUUGACGGAGCCGGCGAUGUUGUUUGCCGCGGCGCUGCUUGUCCUCGUCGUCGCCGAGACGCACGUUGUGCGCUGGAGGCGGAAUACCCCGCCGUUGCGUACUUUCCAUGAGCGGAUGCGGGCCCGGUGGUACCUUCUCAACGGUGUGGUGAUUCACAUCCUCAUGGACGGCCUCGUUGGGGUCUUUAAGGCGAGCACGCUACUUAGCAGAAACUACGCGAAAAUUGACAAGCGGUACGGCGCAAGGCUGGGCAGCUUUGAGGGGUCUGCGGUGCAUGUCAUUUCCCUCAUGGAGCUGUGCGUGAAGGGGCCGCUAUGCAUCCUGCUGUACAGGGCCUACCAAACCCGUAGUCCCCACCGUGACGCACUGGAGUUCCUCUCCUGUGUGACGCAGGCGUACGGCACAGUGGUGUACCUCGGGCAGGAAGUGAUCAGCGGCAUGCCGCACCUUGACGUUGACCACAACUUGGAGUUCACGCCGCACUACCUCUUGUACUUUUGGUUUGCCAUCGUCUUUGGAUGUGUUUUAUAUCUUGUCAUCCCCUGCUUGUGGGGGUGGGAGGCUUACAUGCGCCUCGUGGCGGCAUCCGCGCGCACCGCGCUAAAGAUACGGCCCGCGCAGUCCGCCCAUUCUUCUUCCCCAGCGGCGAAGCUGAAGGUGACAAAGUGGUAG